GCUCAGACUUCUAAAUAUAUUUUGCUUUUGUGAGCUAUUUUCCUUCGAAUUCCAUCUGCUUUUGAGGAGUACAGACCGUAAGUAGUGAAAGUGUUCGUUUCAGCCUUUCGGAUGUUGAGUACUUACGUUAGAAGAUUGCGCUGUAACUGCACUGCGCAUCGUCCACCAGCAACAUGAUCCAAACUAAGCAAGCCUCUAGCACAAAUUGCUCUUUAUCGUCCUUCUCCUACUUACCUACGAAAACAUUCACCCACCUACAUCUCAACUUCUAUUUCUCCUGGUUCUUCUCCAAAGUAGUACAAGACCAAGACUCUGACUCUGAGGACUCGGAGUGCUGUCUGUCAUACUAGAGACGCAUGAUCAUAACAUGAGGACUGCAUGCCCGACUUCCACUCGACAAAAUGGGCAACGUGCAGCCAGGUAGCGGUUUGAAUCCAGGCGAUGCUUCAGGUGGAGCUCUGGAGCUGCGGUCAGGCGUGCAGUCGAACUUCUAUCCGUGGAAGGAGAUAAUUUUACGGCCAGCUCAGCUGCUGCAAUUCUUUCACUAUCAAUGAAUCCCACGGACGACGUGGACUAGGUUCAUCUUGAGUGGGCGGUUCCUUCCCCCUAGAAGUCUUCAAGGGGAAAGAACUGUAAGUGUGGGAACAGUGGCAACGAACUCACUCAAGCAGGGAUAGAAGUUGCAUCUCAACUCACUGCUCAAGCAGGGAAAGGGAUAGUGAUUGCCUAGUGUUAAUACUUGAGUACGUCUACAACAAAGCUAAUGCUGUGCCUGCGACGGGCUUGUCUCGAGAAUUGCUGAUCCAAAUCCUGGAAGGCAUCGACCCGCAAGUGAGGGAGUACUACCUUUUUGGCACGUUCUUUUAGUAUGUAUAACAGAGUAGUUUAUAGCACGCAUGGUGCAUGGAGUGCAUGGAGCGCAGAGCUUUAAGGGGCGCAAGAAGCUCCCCCUUUAGCUCCAUGCUACUCCAUGUGAUCCAUGCACUCCAUGCCAUGCGAUCCGUGAAACCUUAUAAAUUGCUCUGAUAUAAUUCUCGUGUUGUUUUUUUACCUCUGCUCCUUUGUCUUCAAGAACUUCAUCUUACUUACUGCUGCUUGUGAUUUUUAGAAAAAAUGGUUCCCUGCUCUGGGACCCACAAGAAGUAAGUAGCUUCUCGUCGUACACAUACACGGAAGUAGGGGUUGACAAUAACGAGCAAUAAAUCGAAGUGUAUUUACAACAAUAAUUAUUUGAUGUUCCUAAGGUUAUACAACAAUUUGAUGAUGCGACCUUAGGAACUCCAACUAUCCCCACAAAACAACAGUCUAACCGAAGGCAGCAAUGUGGAUAUUUGCGAUAAGCUGGGUCUGGAAGGCACCUUUCAGCCUCCAACGGAUUGGGCACUAGCGUUGCUGAAACAGAUCCCAACUCUACAAAAAGCCAGAUACGAAAUCGUGCCGAGGUUCAUUGUUAUGUUGAAGAUGCUUGCAACUACUGAGUACCUCCAUGUUGUUGUACUUAGUAUCUUCUAGUUGAGCAUAGGCUAUGUUACGAAGAGUGGAGUAUCUAGGUGAACAUAGUCUAUUGAGGAGGGGAAAUCCUAGUUGCGGUAUCUAGCGGUGGUGUGGUCUAGUUGAACAUAUACUAUGUAGUAUCUAGGUUGAACAUAGGCUAUGCAGUAUCUAGGUUGAACAUGGGCUAUGCAGUAUCUAGGUUGAACAUAGGCUAUGCAGUAUCUAGGUUGAGCAUGUUACUUAGCACGACACCGUCUAGAAGCACUUUAUGCAGAACAAGGUCUAGAUCUUUCUUGAUAGCGACCACUUGUAGCAUAUAGUAUGUGGAACCAAGAUCUAGAACCACAUCAACAACUUCAAGGGUAGCUUCAUCUACUUUAGUUCCUCUAAUCUCCAAGAAGAAUCGUUCUGGAGUCGCUACUUUUCGCAAAUUCUAUACAUAGUGCAGGACGAGCUGGAGAAACAUGGGAUACACGUUGAAGACACGAAGCUUGCGGAUGAGGGCUAGGAGAAAACGUACACUUUGAUCAUGAUCUGCGGUAGAAGAUGCGCAAAUUGAUGAGGCUGGACGCACACAUUGAUGAGGGUGGAUUCUAUGAUAGACGCACACAUUCUUAUUGCGUGUGUUCAUUCAAGAGGCGGAAAGUGUGUGUGUUUUUUCAACCCCGGCACACGACCACCGAAGCGGAAAAGGGAGCAGGAGUAGACGGGCAGAAGGACUAAUCUUAAAAAUGACAUCCCGUCUAGGAGGUGCGUCAUCUUUGUUGAAGAUACGAAGCUUGGGGAUGAUGGAUAGUGAGUCGUGAAGAGCAGGAAUCAAUGCAAAUUCCAUAUAAUUGUAGACGCACACGUCGACAUUGAAGAGCAUUAUGAUCCUGAUCCGCUAUACUUCUAAAACUAAAGUCCUCCAUCAGCACAUUAUUUAGUUAAAUCUUCAUGAGCAAGCUGCAGAAUGCAUGUGCACCUCAGCACCAUUUUAUUCAAGAAUUGGCGCGUCACGAGAAAGAUGAAGAUGAUAGUCUUGUGAAGAUGUUUCUUCGGUUCCAACUAUCCUUUAGUCAAGAAGAAUAGACGGAUCCUUGCAGUCGUAGUUGACAGCUGAGUCAGGGAAGUCGUAAGUCCAAUCCGAACCGACUAGCAUCAUCAUCAUUAUCAACUCGCCACAAGUAGAAGCACGACUGCAGGA